AUGUGCCUUGUCUUUCUCAGGCCCCGGCGUGGUGAAUCUGGCCCUGGUCCUCGCAAACAGAAAGAGCUUCCUACAGACCCACCUUUCACAGCAUACGUGGGUAAUCUUCCAUUCAAUACUGUACAAGGAGACAUAGAUGCCAUUUUUAAAGAGUUGAGUGUGAGGAGUGUUCGACUAGUCAGAGACAAGGAGACAGAUAAGUUCAAAGGGUUUUGUUAUGUAGAAUUCGAUGAUCUGGAAUCCCUUAAAGAAGCCUUGACAUAUGAUGGUGCACUUUUAGGUGACCGUUCCUUAAGAGUGGAUAUAGCAGAGGGCAGAAAACAAGAUAAAGGUGGCUUUGGUUUCAGGAAAGGAGGGGCAGAUGAGAGAGGUGGACCUGAUAGUUUCGGCUCUAGAGGGGCUCCAAGAGAUGACUUCAACUCUGGCUUUGGGGGUGAUGACUUUUUAGGAGGCAGAGGUAGAGGAGGUCGCAGUGCACCUGCUGACAGACGAGGGCCUCCACCUUCAGGAUCUGGCCGUUACAGAGAUGCACCACGUGCUGGCUCCAUGGACUUCAGAGAACCCACAGAAGAAGAGAGAGCACAGAGGCCACGUCUCCAGCUUAAACCAAGGACGGUUGGAACUCCCCUCAAUCAAGUAGCCAAUCCAAACUCUGCAAUCUUUGGUGGCGCCAAACCCAGAGAAGAAGCUGUAACAAAGGAAAAAGAUUGA